AUGCCGUCUGCGCCUUACGGAAUCUCCUCUCAGUCACGGAAAAAGUUAAAGGCGUUUGCAUUCGACAGCAGACUACUUGGAGAAGAGGCCGACAAGGAGAAUCAAAGUCUCGGAAAACCAGGGAAAGAUGGAGAUGGCAAAGAGGAAGAAAUUAUCGAUGUAGGAGACAAGCAUCUUUCGCAGAACGUCGUACCUCGGACACCGGCUGUCCGAAUCCCGUUUGAAGACCUUAUUGCAAACACCGAGGAUGCCUUCAAUUGCCUGCCGCCUAUUGCCACUCCCAAGGAUCAUGUUUUGUGGGAAACCCAUCCGGAUAGCACGGAUAUUUCCGGCGGUGCUGCAACACAGGGAAGCAGAAAACGUGCUCGCAGUUCUUCUCCGGUCUCUUCGCAGCUUGGAAGGUCGGAUCAGAUUCCAGUACAAAAGGAUGCUUUGAACUUGGAUGCACUGAACAAGUCGCUACGAACCCCCAACCAUGAUCCUACGCAAGAUCUAUGGAACCGGUAUACCACGGCAAACACAAAGAAAGCCGAGCAGGCGGAACCUACCUUGCCGCAAUACGCUCAUCUACUCCCAUCCUCACCGCAAACGCCCAGUACAGCCAGCAAGGAUGGUGGUCUGCGAAGGACUCACAGCUGUGGGACUGAGUGGCCCACAUCGAAAGCUAAGCGGCGAAGAGUAGAGACAAAUGAGUUCCAUGGCAGAACGAAAGAAUUGUUUGCAGCAUCUAGGAAGGAAAUCCUGCGCCGUGACUUAUCCAACAAUACCAAAGUGGGACUUCUUUUGGAAAAGAUCCAGGAGAGUCUAGCCAAGAAGGUUCCCGUUGAUGAAAGCCCCUCGAGCUCCUCUCCGCUACCCGAUCGUCGGUCGCAGCCGUCCCUUUCACCCACCAAACAGCAAUUUAAGACCCGACCUGACACGACGGAACUCGCCCGCCCACCUGUGAACGAGCCAGCGGUGACGAGUCAAGGACUCGGGCAUCAGCAAGAUGCCUCUUCUUCCUCUGAGUUCAGUGAUGAUGGCCUUGAUAUUGAGGCAUUUGAAAGUGUCGAGCAAGCUCUGGCUGAAAAUGCUGCACCGAAUGAUACGGUCACGGCGCAGGCACCCUGCAAAUCGGCUGUAUACACCAGGGAGGUGGAUUCUGCCUUACUUCCGGUCCCUUCGUUACCUCAGCAGACGAGUCAAUCCAACAGAAACGCCACAAAUCGUGUCUUACCGGAACCGCCUCCACCAGAACCUCCGACUCUCACUACACCACAAGAGUUUGAUGGAUUUGACGAUGAAGACGAAGAAUUGAUGAAUGAAAUGCUCGAUCUUGCUGCGCAAUACGACUCACAACAUAAUCUCACUCUAAAAGAACCCUCGGUCAUUGAAGGCGCAGAUGCCGAGCCUGAACCUGACAGCAAACAUCUGGAAACUCUUGAUGAGUUUGAAGAUGCAUUUGAUGAUGAUGACGAGCUCUGGGAGGGCAUUGCAGCUGCUACUUCCGCAAAAGCAACGGGAGCGGUGUCGCCCACAAAACAAGUGCGUUUUGAAUAG